GGCUCGACAGCGAGCACCGCGUCAUCUGGCAAGGCAGUGGGCUCCGAGUCAACAGGCACGACAGUGGGCACCAGGUCAUCAGGUACCGGAUUGUCUGGCUCGACAGCGGGCAUCGGGUCACCAGGUAUGACAGCGGGCACUGGGUCACCAGGCAUCAGGUCAUUUGGCUUGCCAGCGGGCACCGCGUCAUCUGGCAAGGCAGUGGGCACCGGGUCACCAGGCAUUGGAUCGUCUGGCUCGACAGCGGGCAUCGGGUCACCAGGCAUCAGGUCAUUUGGCUCGCCAGCGGGCACCGCGUCAUCUGGCAAGGCAGUGGGCACCGAGUCACCAGGUACGACAGCGGGCUCUGAGUCAAUUGACACGACAGCGGGCACCGGAUCAGGUACCGGAUCAUCUGGAUCAACAGCGGGCAUCGAGUCAACUGGC